AUGAAGCCCUGGGUUCUCCUACUCAUCAUGCUCAUCUAUGGGGUUGUGAUGCUUCUGCCUGUGCUGGGAGGCUUCAAGUACAAGAAUUUUGUAGGUGGUAUGACACAGGAGGAAGGGGUCACUGACCAGUGCUGGGUACAGCCGCCAUUAAAGUAUUGUGAGAAGAGGUGCACUAAAUUACAAGAGUGUUUAUCUCUCAAUCAUACAUGCUGUUGGACCUUCUGUGGAAACAUCUGCUUGGACAACAGAGAACCCUUUAAAUCCAUGCUAAACCGCUAA